AUGACCAGCGCGGAGUGGGACGAGCAGGAACUGCGCAAGGACGAGGCGCUGGAUCAGCUCGCCGAGCGCAUCAACGUGGCGCAGUUCGUCGCCUACGCGCCGACGCCGCAAGGGCCGGAGCAGACCUUCAGCCGGGUGCGCGGGCACAGCCCCAACACGCACUUUCCCGAUCUGCGCGCGGCUGCCGAGGAACUGCUGCGCCGCGGCGCCGACCGCGCCGUCAACCUGCGCAGCUACCUGCCGCAGGACCCGCGCAGCAAGCCCUUCCACUACGGGCUCGACCGGCUCGACGACAUCGUCCAGGUGGCCGAGGACGCGCUGGCAGACGGCUUCUUCGUCAUCCUCAACGAGACGGUGGACGUGAACGACGGCGGCGUUUCCGGCGUGGUCGAGGGCGGCAUCGUCGAGUUCGCGCCCGACGACACGCCGCGCUGCGUGGAGAAGCCGGGCACCGCCUCGCUGCCGCUCGACUGGGCACGCCAGGUUCUGGCGCUGGUCUACGGCUUCGAUCCGGAGCUGCCGGUGGGCGCGGGCGAACGGCUGGAGUUCUCCCUCCACCCGCAGCCGCGCGGCUGGCGCGGCACCCAGACCCUGGGCUGGGAGGUGGAGGAGGUCGGCGCCCACGCGCUGACGCCGCGCCUGGCUUGGCCCAACCGCUUUUCCCGGCUGAUCGGGGACAAGGCCUACGGCCUGCUGAUGGCGCACCUGGCCGGCGCCCGGGUGCCGUUGACCUCCGUCUUCGCGCGGCGCCUGCCGGGACGUCCCUUCAGCUUCGGGGCGCAGACCGGCGGGCGCGACGUCUGGGUGCGCACCUGUCCGAUCGAGCCGGUGCCGGGGCGCUACGCCACGCACCACGGUUGGGUCGAGCCCUUCGCCCUGCUGCAGGCCGAGGACCCCGAGCCGCGCGAAUGGACCGACCCGGACCUGCACCUCAGCGACCUGCGUCACAUCCUGGCCUCGGCGGUGGUGCAGGCCGGGGUGCCGGCGGCCUGGUCGGGCGCCUACUACGUUGACGCCGAGGGACGCGGCCUGGCCGAGGGCGUGGCCGGAGCGGGCGACGCCUUCAUGCUGGGCGCGCAGGCGCCGCAGGAGCUGCCCGCCGGCCUGCGCGGCGAGAUCGAGCGCGAGGCCGCGCGCCUGGCCGAGGUCUUCGGGCCGGUGCGCUUCGAGUGGGUGCACGACGGCGAAGCGCUGUGGGUCGUCCAGCUCCAUCGCGGCCGCACCGCCAGCCAGGGCGCGGUCAUCGUGCCCGGCGCGGCGGCCCGCUGGGAGCGCUUCGAGGUGGCCGAGGGCCUGGGGGCCCUGCGCGCGCGGCUGGAGAAGCUGCCGCCGGAUUGCGGCCUGGAGGUGGUCGGACGGGUCGGUCUGACCAGCCACGUGGCCGACGUGCUGCGCCGCGCCGGCGUGCCCGCGCGUCUCGUGUAA